CUCCCACGAUUUUCCCUCCAAACAAGAGAAAACCCCUAAAUCUCAUCAGUCGGAGCUCCAGGUUUCGAGUUCAUCGGCGAAGAAUCUUCUCUUAGGGAGGAUAAUGGCGUCUUCGUCUUCAACCGGCGUCGGAGGCAGUUACGACAUGCCGUGGGUAGAGAAAUACAGGCCGAGCAAGGUCGCCGAUAUCGUUGGAAAUGAAGACACCGUCUCUCGUCUUCAAGUCAUCGCUCGCGACGGAAACAUGCCUAAUCUUAUCCUUUCGGGUCCUCCCGGAACUGGUAAGACCACAAGCAUACUGGCUCUUGCUCAUGAGCUUCUUGGCCCAAAUUAUAGGGAGGCUGUUCUGGAGCUGAACGCGUCUGAUGACAGGGGUAUCGAUGUUGUUAGGAACAAGAUUAAGAUGUUUGCUCAGAAGAAAGUGACUCUUCCCCCGGGCCGUCAUAAGGUUGUCAUUUUAGAUGAAGCUGACAGCAUGACAUCUGGAGCACAACAAGCCCUGAGGAGAACGAUGGAAAUAUAUUCAAACUCUACUCGUUUUGCUCUUGCGUGCAAUACAUCUGCCAAGAUUAUUGAACCUAUCCAGAGUAGAUGUGCCCUAGUCCGAUUCUCUAGAUUGUCUGAUCAAGAGAUACUUGGCCGUCUCAUGGUGGUGGUUCAAGCAGAGCAUGUUCCUUAUCUACCAGAAGGCCUCGAAGCAAUUAUAUUCACUGCUGAUGGUGACAUGAGACAAGCUCUGAACAACUUGCAAGCCACAAACAGUGGUUUUCGAUUUGUCAACCAAGAAAACGUCUUCAAGGUCUGUGACCAGCCUCACCCGCUUCACAUCAAAAACAUGGUUAGGAAUGUAUUGGAAGGAAAGUUUGACGGCGCUUGUCAAGGUCUGAAGCAGCUCUAUGAUCUUGGCUACUCCCCAACCGAUAUCAUCACGACCCUUUUCCGCAUCAUAAAGAACUACGAUAUGGCUGAGUAUCUGAAAUUAGAGUUCAUGAAGGAAACCGGGUUUGCUCAUAUGAGAAUCUGUGAUGGCGUCGGGUCGUAUCUUCAGCUAUGCGGCCUUCUUGCUAAGCUAGCCCUUGUUCGUGAAACCGCUAAAGCAGCCUAGCAAGGCAAUAUCAUGGCAUCUCGAGUGAUGAGAUUAGAUGGUUAAUGCUCGUAGUUUUGUUAGUUCUAUGGUUCCUUCAUUUGGAUCUUUCUUGCCUAAACCGUGUUUUCUAAAUGUGGAAAUGCUUGUGAAUGAUUCUUGAAGCUAAAAGAACAAAACUUGUUGAAGCGUAUUUUUCAUCUUUAAAGCUACAUAUGUAUAAGAUCUCCUUGGUUGUGUUGCA